AGUAAAAUAAAAACAGCAACAAGCCCAGACAGAGACAUAGAAAAAUAUUUCAAAAUUCAUUCGCAAAUUAUGCUGGCCAUGUCAACACUUAUGAUGCCAGCGCCCACUAUAGCUAUGGGGGCCCCGCAGAUAACAGUGGGCCCCCAUAAGCCUCCCGAAACUAAAUUGCUUGCCAUUCACCCGGCAGCUGCACAGCAGCAACAACAGCAGCAGCCGCCGCCGCAUUUGCAGUUAAACGGGCAACAUCCACAGACGCAGCAACAGCAACAACUGCCGCCAAAUCAGCAACAGUCCCAACACUCACAACAGCAGCAACAACAAAUCUUAUCCAGCACUAAGCCAGGUAAGUGA